GGAGCCCACACAAGAGAUAAACAUUUUGAUACAACUUGCCAGGAAUUAGUGGAAACUAGUAUUUGAGAGAGUGUCAAAGAGGACUGACUUCACCUACCAAGCCAAUACCGUUAUCCUCCAAGGCAAGAACCAAUGGCCAGGCUCUUGCAGAUUCCCCUGCUCCUGCUAACUACCCUGUCCUUGGUGACACAGGCCCAGGAAAAUCAGGAGGUAUGGAGAAAAUUCAUUGAUAUUGAGCAGGACCAUGCGUUUUUCCCAGAGACCCUUCAAUUUGCCAUACAGCAGUACAACAAGGACAGCAAUGACGAGUACCUCUACCAGAUGACCCAGCUGAUUCGAGCCCAGGAGCAGCUGUCAAGGGGAUUUGAGUACCUCGUAAACAUGGAACUCAGCCGGACCAUGUGUACAAAAGAUGUAGGAUUUGAUCCUGAUGACUGUGGCCUUCAAAAGGAUCCAGAAUUGUAUAAGGUAAUCAACUGUACUUUUUUUAUUUUUGCUGUGCCUUGGGAUAGACAAUACGAGCUGAGGAGCAGUAACUGUACUAACAUUUAGCUGGGUUCCUAUGGGGCGCUGCAGUUACAAGUUUUCUUCCCAGCUUCUACUAUCUCCUUAAAAAGGAAGGAGAGCAGAAAUUCAUUGUUAAGCAAGCAUAAGAGGAAAAAAAAAAUCUUCUCAAUACACUUUUGAGAACACCAAUUGACUCUGCCUUUUCUUUGUGAGCUGCCUAUCAUCUCAGUUCAUGGUGAUAAGAAUUUACAAUCUUUAAACAAAUCAUAAUAAAAGCAAUAAUAACUGA